GAAGGGCAGGCCUCGCGCGCCCUGCUUCCCACCCGCCUUCCUGGCCUGGGUGCGGAGCGCCAGCCAGGUGUGGGCUUUGGUGGUUGGAUUGCCGCCUUUUGCACCGGCCGCGGCGAGGAGGAGAAGGGGGUGGGGGCGGGCGCUCUUUCUUUUUCUCCUGGGAGAGGUUUCGGCACCCGCUCUCUUCUCAGCUGCACCCCGCUUGCCACCUCCCGACCCUUCCUCUCCCCAUCCCCACCUUUCGUCAUGACGGCGUCUCCGGAUUAUUUGGUGGUGCUUUUUGGGAUCACUGCUGGGGCCACCGGGGCCAAGCUGGGUUCGGAUGAAAAGGAACUGAUCCUGCUACUGUGGAAAGUCGUGGAUCUGGCCAACAAGAAGGUGGGACAGUUGCAUGAAGUGCUAGUCAGACCAGACCAGUUAGAACUGACGGAGGAGUGUAAAGAAGAAACGAAGAUAGACGCCGAAAGCCUGUCCUCCGCGCGGCAGCUGGACCAAGCCCUUCGACAGUUCAACCAGUCGGUGAGCAAUGAACUGAACAUCGGGGUGGGCACUUCCUUCUGUCUUUGCACCGAUGGUCAACUUCAUGUCCGGCAGAUCCUGCACCCAGAGGCUUCCAAGAAGAAUGUGUUGCUCCCCGAAUGUUUCUACUCCUUUUUUGACCUACGGAAAGAGUUCAAGAAAUGCUGCCCUGGUUCACCUGAUAUUGACAAACUGGAUGUUACAGCUAUGACAGAAUAUUUAAACUUUGAGAAGAAUAGCUCUGUCUCCCGGUAUGGAGCCUCUCAGGUUGAAGAUAUGGGGAAUAUAAUUCUAGCCAUGAUCUCGGAGCCUUACAAUCACAGGUUUUCAGAUCCAGAAAGAGUCAAUUACAAAUUUGAAAGUGGCACUUGCAGCAAGAUGGAACUUAUUGAUGAUAACACUGUAGUCAGGGCCCGAGGUUUACCAUGGCAGUCUUCGGAUCAAGAUAUUGCAAGAUUCUUCAAAGGACUCAAUAUUGCCAAGGGAGGUGCAGCACUUUGUCUGAACGCUCAGGGUCGAAGGAAUGGAGAGGCUCUGGUUCGGUUUGUGAGUGAAGAGCACAGAGACCUAGCACUGCAGAGGCACAAGCAUCACAUGGGAACCCGGUAUAUUGAGGUUUACAAAGCAACAGGUGAAGAUUUUCUGAAAAUCGCGGGUGGGACAUCCAAUGAAGUAGCACAGUUUCUCUCCAAGGAGAAUCAGGUCAUCGUGCGCAUGCGGGGGCUGCCUUUCACAGCCACAGCUGAAGAAGUGGUGGCCUUCUUUGGACAGCAUUGCCCCAUCACUGGGGGGAAGGAAGGUAUCCUGUUUGUCACCUACCCAGAUGGUAGGCCAACAGGGGAUGCUUUUGUCCUCUUUGCCUGUGAGGAAUAUGCACAGAACGCGUUGAGGAAGCAUAAGGACUUGUUGGGUAAACGAUACAUUGAACUCUUCAGGAGCACGGCAGCAGAAGUUCAGCAGGUGCUGAAUCGCUUCUCCUCGGCCCCUCUCAUCCCACUUCCAACCCCUCCCAUUAUUCCAGUGCUACCUCAGCAGUUUGUGCCUCCUACAAAUGUUAGAGACUGUAUACGCCUUCGAGGUCUUCCCUAUGCAGCCACGAUAGAGGAUAUCCUGGACUUCCUGGGGGAGUUCGCUACAGAUAUUCGCACUCAUGGGGUUCACAUGGUAUUGAAUCACCAGGGCCGCCCAUCAGGAGAUGCCUUUAUCCAGAUGAAGUCUGCGGACAGAGCAUUUUUGGCUGCACAGAAGUGUCAUAAAAAAACCAUGAAGGACAGAUAUGUUGAAGUCUUUCAGUGUUCAGCUGAGGAGAUGAACUUUGUGUUAAUGGGGGGCACUUUAAAUCGAAAUGGCUUAUCCCCACCGCCAUGCCUGUCUCCUCCCUCCUACACAUUUCCAGCCCCUGCCGCAGUGAUCCCCACCGAAGCUGCCAUUUAUCAGCCCUCUGUGCUUUUGAAUCCCCGCGCACUGCAGCCCUCUGCAGCGUACUACCCAGCAGGCACUCAGCUGUUCAUGAACUACACGGCCUACUACCCCAGCCCCCCAGGUUCGCCUAAUAGUCUUGGCUACUUCCCUACAGCUGCUAAUCUUAGCAGUGUCCCUCCACAGCCUGGCACGGUGGUCAGAAUGCAGGGCCUGGCCUACAAUACUGGAGUUAAGGAAAUUCUUAACUUCUUCCAAGGUUACCAGUAUGCAACCGAGGAUGGACUUGUACACACAAAUGACCAGGCCAGAACUCUACCCAAAGAAUGGGUUUGUAUUUAAGGGCCCCAGCAGUUAGACCAUCCUCAGAAAAGAAGUGUUUGAAAGAUAUAUGGUGAUCCUGAAACCAUUAGAUGCAAGAACACUUCUGGCAACUUCAGAAGCUCGUCUACCCUCAGGCUGCAGUAUUUUCAAGAAACACAAUCGGACAGCGGGCCUGUACCUUAUUUUUGGUGGAGUGAAAAAUUUGAGCCAGUUAAGCCAAAUUCGUGUAGCAAGCAGCAUGCAGCACCCCUGGGCCCUUGCUGGUUGCAAAUAGGCAUUUAAAAUGUGAAUUUGAAAUCCGACAUCUCCAGUACUUCUAGCUACAGUGGGAUCAUAGAUGUUUUCUAAGUUGUAAUUCUAGGAUUUAAGCAUACUCCACUAGUGUCUGCCACCUUCACCAAGAACUCUGUUUUAGAAGUGUCUUUUUUGUGCAUUCCCUAUGUUUUUCAGUGUGUUUCCUUGUAUUGCACAACGAUGCUCUCCUGCUAAUACUUCCAUUGUAAACUUAACAAAGGGAAUAAAACUAAUAUUGCCCACUCUCUUGGCCAUGAUAAUGUCUUACA